CACAGCAGCAGAGCCUGUACAGUCCCAUAUAAGGAUUUGCUGAUGAUGUAAUGGGCGCCACUGACUGCGAGUGAGACUCCGUGUGCAGAGCACUUCUCAUAAUGUUUGGUUUUCCGGAUGGAAUGUCCACAUCACUGGGAUCUCCGGGAAAGGGAGAGGUGAAAGAGUAGAGACAAUUUAUUCUCUGAGGAUUUUAAAGGACAGGAGGCCAACAGCACAGCACAGACUCAAGCUCCUGAUUGUAAAGGAAAGAGAAUACCAGGAAAUAAAGGAAGAGAAAAAUGAAAGAGAAGUCUCAGCUCUAAAAGAGGAGCUGACCAGGCUAAAGGCCUUUGCACUGCUGGUUGUAAAGGAGCAACAGUGUCUGAGUGAGCUGCUUGAGCAACAGAGGCGUUGCACUGAAGAACUGACCACCAUCGCUUACCACAUCAAGCAGGACGUUGGUGCAAAGAAGGAGGAGCUGAAAUCCGUGCAUCUGGAGGUGGAGCACCACAACCAAGUUUCCAUUCUUAACCGAAGCCAGAACACCAUGACAGCCCCAAGCCUGCUGUCAGAGGUGGAGGUACUGAGGAGAAGGGUGGUGGAGAUGGAGGGGAAGGACGAGGAGCUGAUACGCAUGGGGGACCAGUGUCGAGACCUGGACCGCAGACUAGCGAGGGAAAUCAGCCACUGCCGUAGCUUGAAGGUUGAGGUGGAUAACCUCAAUGGCAGAAUCAGUGAAUUGGACAGGAUAGAGGAGGCAUUAGUUAAGAGCAAACAGGACUGCAGUAUUCUGAAGGGCACCUUGGAGCGAGAGAGAGAGGUUACUAAGACACUGUCCAGUGAGCUUGACACUUUGAAAGUCAGGGUGAGAGAUCUUGAGGCUGCUGAGGGCCAAAUGGAAAAGAGUGAAGCAAUGAUUAGACAGGACCUGGCCAAGCUCAGGUCACUGACUGUAGCUUUGGUGGAGGACAGAAAGGCCAUGGCUGAGAGGCUACAACAGGCUGAAGAAAAACUCAAUGGGAAAGAGGGCAAAAGAAAUGAGCAAAGCAAUUUGACAACGAUGACAGAAAGACUGAGAGAGGAGAGACAGCAGGCACUAAGGUCUCAAGCAGAUUUAGAGGAAAGACUUAAGAGCAUAGCAAAGGACAAAGAUGAUCUCCAAGACAGACUAAAAACAGAGGAGAGGAGGAAUGUAGAGCUACAGAAUAAAAUAACCAUAAUGAAGAAAAGGUUACAGGUCUUGGAAAAUAGAAAAGAAAAAGAGGAUAAGUACACACACAGCUCUAUUCCAAACAACACUAACCAUCACUGCCAAACAGAGGACAACCAAGUCAAAGAACUGACCCAGGAGCUUGAUAGGCUGCAAAAGAGGCUCCAGGACAAGGAGAUGCUGGAGGGAGAACUGUUGAAAGUGGAAGAGGAUUUUGAGUCCCUGGACAAGAGGUUCAAGGAGGAGCAGAGGAGGUCCCGAGCUCUGACAGAGGAACUGGAGGUGGCAAAGAGGGAGCUUUCCAGGUACGAGCAGGCAGAGAAGCAGGAGGUCAACCAGGAACACCUUCUCCUUUGUCGUCUUCAGAAGGAGCAGGUCAAGUCCAGACUCUUAGCCAGAGAAGUAGAUACCCUGAAGGAAAAACUCCAGAGGCUAAUGGGGACUGAGGAGUCCAUCUGCAAGGUGCAGACGGAUCACUCCUCGCUGCAGAGGAAACUGACCCAACAAGAAGCCAGGAACAGAGAGCUGGCCAAAGAGAUGAAAGAACUGAACAGUGAGCUAGACAGAUAUAGACGAAUCAAGAAUCUAACACCUGGUGCUAACAGACAACUAUUUGCAGACCCUCAUCAGACCACCAAAGAGGUGCAAACUGAGCCAGCAGACAGCCUGCCUCCAGACUACAGUGAGAACAGUGAGAAACUGGAUGAGGAAAAUGAUGACAAGGACCCCAACCAUAAUACACAAGUCAUAAACAGAAGAAGCUCUCUUGUCAACAAUCUUAACAGCUUGAACAGUGCAAAUAACAACAUAAGCCAAUACAGCAGCCAUUCAGGCAAUGGCAUAGAUAUGCACCAAACAGUUAAUGGAGAGGUGAUGAUGUUAGCACACACACCAGGGCAGCCCUUGCACAUCAAGGUAACACCGCAUCAUACACUCAACACAGCCACACUUGAGAUUAGCAGCCCAACUGGAGACACAGCCACAUCCUACACCAGCACAGCUGUCAUCCCAACAAGUGGAGCCUCACCUAAGCAGAGAAUUACCAUCAUCCAGAACUCUGGUCUGCCUGCAGUUAAUGCCAAGACCCCACCGUCAAGCCCUGACCGCACCAUCUCCCCGCUUCACGGCACAACCAUCACGCGGGUGUUAAGUCCAAAUUCAUCACGGUCUGUGACACCCGACCACAGCAACUCCCCCAUUCAGAUUGUAACAGUGAGGACCUGCUCUCCGGAGCCAACAGAAGCUGCAAAUCAAGCCGUCUUCUGCAAGACUCCGGAGUGGCAGAACAGCUGGCAACAUCACAAGUCCAACAGCACUGACACAAGUCCAAGUAUCAUCACCACAGAGGACAACAAGAUCCACAUCCAUCUGGGGAGCCCAUAUGUCCAGUCUCUAAAUGGCAUGACCCACAGCCUCCCACAGCCUGUUGGACCAUACUAUCUUCGACACGAGCAAAGGACUCAAGUACUCACCAAUGGCUGUUAUGUCAAAGGUGCUGGCAAGAUCACAAGUAGCAUCACUAUAUCCCCUGCCACCUCUCCAGCCUCACACUCCUCAAAUAUAACAGUUCCUUUGGGGUCGCUGCAGAAGCCUGGUCCAACAAGGAUUCCCAAGACCAAAGGACACAUCACUUACAGAAGCAGCAGCAUAGGUCUCAAUACAGGACAGAAAAACAGAAAACCUCCCACAGUGCAUACAGGGAAAACACUGACUUGAGAAUGCCCAACCUGCCUGCAACUACAUGAUGUUAUCACUGCAGCUAGAUUAUAGAAAAUAAAAACUUUCAUGAUUGAAAAAAUAAAAAGUAUAUGUAAGAAAUGUGAUCUUAAAUAUAUAUCAUCAGCUCAAUAAAAUAUACAUUUGCCCUAUGAUUUUUUUAUGCUACAAAACUCACUCAAUGCAUGUUAAAAAUUAGGUGAACUAAGAAACUGUAGUAAUGUUUCCACAACAUAAAAUGGACAUGCCUUACAAAAGAGUUGUUCUCCUGUAUGAAUAGAAAGUGAAGCCAAACAUUAAACAAAAAUCAGUCAAUUUAAGACUGCUGCUCAUAUGUAAAGCUAAACAGCUCAUGGACCUCUGUCAUUCACAAAACAAACAGCAACUUAUUUUUUAGAACUAAAUGACAAUGUUCCACAGUGGAGUUUGGUUGAAAAAUGGGGCUGGAAUAUUAUUGUACCUUAUUAUAUAAUUAUAUCAUUUUUACAAUAU